AUGAUUAAAUACGGCAAUACGAUCAUCAAUUUGCUGCUUUCACGCUCCUUCGUCUGCAUCACAAACCCUGAAAUGGCUUCUCAACUUCUGCCUCUCGAGUUAAUCGACAAGUGCGUCGGAUCUAAAAUCUGGGUCGUCAUGAAAGGCGACAAGGAAUUCAGCGGUACUCUUCUUGGCUUCGAUGACUACGUCAACAUGGUUCUCGAGGACGUAACGGAAUUCGAUUAUUCUGGUGGUCAGACUAAGCUCUCAAAGAUAUUGUUGAAUGGAAACAACAUCUGCAUGUUAAUACCUGGUGGAGAAGGCCCAAGUGCGAUGGGUUGA